UGGAAAAUCUAAAAUUUUGGCGAUUGAUAAAAAAAAUUUCAUUCAAGAUUAGUGAUGUCAGAAUUUUCAGAGGAUAAAGAAAAGAAUAUAAUAGAAAUAACUACCAACAAAGAGCAGGAAGCUGUCAAACCUUUGACACCUGCUAAAUUAGAAAAGUUUAAAAAAGCACAAGAUAAUACAGGAAUAAUUUAUUUAUCUAGUAUACCACCGUUUAUGAAACCUUCAAAAGUAAAGCAUUUAUUAGGACAAUUUGGAAAUAUUGGAAGAGUUUAUCUUGCACCUGAAGAUCCUAAAACGAGAAUAAGAAGAAAAAAAUAUGGUGGUAAUAAAAAGAAAAAAUAUACCGAAGGUUGGAUUGAAUUUUUAGAUAAACGAAUCGCUAAAACAGUUGCGAAUACUUUGAAUGCUCGACCAAUUGGAGGAAAUAAACGGAAUUAUUAUCAUGAUGAUUUAUGGAACAUUAAAUAUCUUCCAAAAUUUAAAUGGACCAAUUUAACAGAUCAAAUAGUUCAUGAGAAGGCUACAAGAAUACAAAGAUUACAAGCCGAAAUAUCACAAGCUCGAAGAGAAAAUAAAGAAUAUUUAAAGAAAGUAGAAAAAGCAAAAAUGAUUAAAAGUAUGGAAGAAAAGAAAGAAAAGAAACGUAAAGUUGCAGAAGUUGAAGAAAGUAAUUUGGAAACUUUUACGGAAGCAGAUACUAGAGAAAAGAAAAAGAAGAAAGUUAAAGAAUUUCAAUCAGAUAACAAAUCUUUUGAGGAUGAUGAUAAUUCACAAAAAUAUAGUAAAUUUAAGCAAAGGAAGUUGGUUAUAAGUGAAGUUAUUGAAGGGAGAAAGAAUGAUGAACCAACCAAUACCAGCGAAGGAGUUAAAAAGAUUUUGAGUAAAAUAUUUAUGAAAUAAUUUAUAUAUUAGAAUUCUAUAGAAUCAUUUUAUGUGAAUGAUAUGCAUUUUUUUUUUAAGAUUUAAUUAACAGAAAUCAUGACAUGCAUUAGAUAAUGAUCUCGUGCAGAUUAUAAUAAAUUGAUAACUUCCCGAAAGCCACGUGACUUAGCAAUCAAAAUUUUACAUGAUUGGUGAUACUUAAUAAUUUUGAUAACCUGAUAUCCGCACAAUAUAUGUGCGAUUAGAUUAAAUUCAUUUAAUUUCAUAA